AUGUCUCAAGUCUCACCCGAACUGCCCGGCUAUCCAAAUCCGAAACUACCCGGCCAGCUGGUAGACUUGACAGGUCCGCAGCCUCGCUUUAUCAUGACAAGAACGGAGAAACUGGACGGACCUCGCGCAUGCGCAACGCUCAGCCACUGUUGGAGAGCAAACCCAGCGCUCUCGACACUCACUGCAACCAACCCGGAGGAGAUGCGCAGAAGCAUUGCAGUAAGUGCGCUCCCAAAGCCCUUUCAAGACGCCAUUGUCGUUGUCGAGAGACCCAGCAUCAGAUAUCUCUGA